GCCACGCCCCUCUCUGUGACUCCGCGUUUAGGCUCCGCGCGUUUUAAAGUGGUGGUGUCCCCACAGGAUCAAAUUUCAGCGUCACAGCUGGGGACUGGCUUCGCGGUUCCCGAUGGGAGAGCAUGAGCAGGUGCUAUGUGCGACCCUGUUCUGGCCGGCCUGCCCCGGGACUCUGACUACUCUCUGCCCUGCUACUGCUCAUCUCCGUCGCCCUCCAACUUGUGUUCGCUUGAUCACAGCAAGUGUGACAAGUACUGGGGUACUUCCUCAGACAAGAACUUGGACUAUACGACUCACUGGUCCAGCACUCCAGAACCAGAGACCUCGGGGCCAGCUGCUUCAGAGAACACAGUGACAAUUACAGACUGGAAGCCAGGGAGGGACUCAGGGCCUCAGUCACAUGGGUCUCCCCACUCCCCCAACUCAGACUCACAGGAAUGCUGUAAUGACCAGGAACUUGUGAAGAAGCAUUCGAGUAUCACUAAGAAACCAUUGGAGACCAGCUCUUCCAAAAUCAAAGGUAAGUCCACCAUGAUGAUUCCUGACACCCAGAAGCUCCUGCGAUGCGAACUGGAGUCACUCAAGAACCAGCUACAGGCCCAGACUAAGGCUUUUGAGUUCCUAAAUCACUCAGUGACCAUGUUGGAGAAAGAGAGCUGCCUGCAGCAAAUCAAGAUCCAACAGCUUGAAGGAGUCCUGAACCCCACGAGCCAGCAGACAGAGGGGAAAAAAUGGGACAUGGAUCAGGGACAGCGGGAGCUGUAUGGGGCCCUGGCGCAAGGCCUGAAGGGGCUCCAGAAGACUGUGCGGGAGAGUGAGGAGGUGCAGAAAACCCGCACUAUCCGCUACCUGCAGCUGCUGGCCCAGGAGAUCCGAGACAGCAAGAAAUUCCUGUGGGAGGAGCUGGAGCUGGUUCGGGAGGAGGUGACCUUCAUCUAUCAGAAGCUCCAGGCACAGGAGGAAGAGAUCACUGAGAACCUGGUGAACAUCCAAAAGGUGCAGAAGACCCAGGCGAAGUGCCGUAAGGUCUUGACCAAGAUGAAACAACAGGGGUGUGAGACAACCAACUGGCUGGAGACAGAGGAGAUGCCAUCAGGAGGCAAUGGCUCUUGGAGGAGUGACCUCCAGAAGGAGCUGAGUGACAUAUGGUCCGCCGUGCAUACGCUGCAGAACUCCUUUGAUGGCCUCACCAUGUCCUCGGGAAUCCGCCCCAAGACUGGGAGCCUCCGGGGCUACAAGGGGCACAGAUGCCUGAGUCCUCCGCUUCACUCUUGGGACUCGGACUCGGACUCGGACCAGAACCCUUCCCAGCCACCCUUCAACAAAAGCCGCUCUUUCCCACCAGCUUGAGCAGCCGGGUUGCUCUCCACGAAGACCCCUCCAGAGAGAAAAUAAACUAGCCGAGACCCUCCUCCACCUGUGGACUGUUGCUCCUGCUGCUUCCGUGCCUGAGAAUGAGCCACCCCCAUUUACCCGCCAGUGUUGGGGCGGCCAUGGAGAUCCCAGGGGCUGUUGGGGAUGUAUGAACUUAGGGUCAGCGUACAGUGCGAGGCCAGAUUAGUAUAUGACAAGUCCUGGGUUGCUCUGUCCAGAUAUGAGUGGCUAGGCAGGCGGUUUAACACUAGUCACCAGCCUUCCUUUCCAGGGGGCUUUGGCGAUCUGGCCCUACUGCCCAAAUGGGGAAACCGAGGCCCAGAGAGGGAGCGUGGUGGCCCAGGUCAUGCUCUGACACUCCGCCCUCCUCUUCCCCUCAGCGCCUACCCUCACCCAGAGUCCUCCCUCUUUUUU